AGACAGCUAUGAAGACCUUUGAAACAAGUUUGGGUAAUUCCCUGUCUACCAAUAAUAUGAAUUUUGAAAAGAUGUCCUCCGUUGCCGAAAAGUCCUUCUGCGUUGUUGAUGAAUUAAAGACAGAUUUUGAUAAUCGUUUUGACAAACUAAGAAAAGAACUGAAAGAGAACGAGGAAUUGAGAUCUAUCAUAUUAAAGAAUGAGCAAAACAUGGCCAAAAUGGAUAUGGAUAUUCAACUGCAAAAGAAACAAAUAGAAGACUUCAAAAGGAGGGAGGAUGAUGCACUAAGAAGAGAAGAAAAAUACAAACAACGCGAGGAUCAACUCCUAAUAAGGAUUAAAGAGGCAGAGAGACACCAUAGCUUUAGAGAUACUCCACCACCUUCACAGCACCAAGAUUUGCCAGUGCUCCAACGAAAUGAAAGAAGCUUGUUAGAAACUGGCAUGCAAAUCUCAAAACCAGGUUUUAGUGGAAAGGAUAUGGUUCCUAGUAAGCGUGACAGUGAACAUCUAGGGUAUCUUUGUAGUAGAAAUACGAACGAAAACAUUCAAGCCACAAAUAUAGCCUUUCCUCCUUCRCAAAGUGUUCUCCAAAAAUGUUAUCCUGGAAGUUCUCUUGCAGAGGAUACUGGAUCGACUUGUCACUGUUUCCCAUCUCAAGCCAAUGCAGUGCAGUUCCCAUUGACCCAGAAGGUUAAUGAAACACAUGUCUUAUCUGAGACCAAUGCAAUUAUUUAUCCGCUGCCAACCACAACUUCAAUGCAUAUUGCUCCUGUUCAGAAAUCAGAUAGUUCUACACAGUGUCUUCCUCUAGUUAACAGUUACUCAGAAGAAUGGCAGAAACAACUCUCAAUUUCAUUUCCAAUUACUGCUGUAAGUCCAACUAUACGGCCUUCCAUACAAUUAGAGAAACAAGUUGAACAACCAACAAAAACAGCUCCUUCGCCCGCCAAUCGAUUAUUAUUGCUGACCAAAGACAAAUGGCCCAAACACUCUCCAGUUGCCACUGUUCUGUCGCAAGUCCAAGUUAGGCAACAGGUACCUAGUCAUGACCGAAGUUCGAACCAAGACAAAAAGCAACAAGAAGAUCCUUUGGGCAUCUUCAUAUUCGAUUUGACAGCCUCUCCUAUCCUUGAUCACAGCGAGACAGAAUGUCAUCUUGACCAAGAAACAUUGAUGGUUAAACGAGAACAAAUAGAUGAAUCACCUGUAAAGACUAAAUCAUCAACCCCAAAGAAACGACAAAAGAAAAACGCAGAAAAACAACUACGAAAGUAUGGAACCAGAUCUCGAGGAAAAGUCGAAGAAAAUGAGAACACGAGUAUCGAGAAAGGCGUCUCAAAAAUCAGGUCAAAAAAAUCGUGCCAAACAGAAAGUAGCUCAUCUAAAACAAUAUCUGGUCUUAAACGUAAGGCCCAUAACACCGGUGUUGUAACAAACAACAAGAAAAAGUGCGACAUUGGAAUCGCAGCCUCAGCAAAAUCUCAUGCCAAGGAGUUUGAUCUGAAGACACACGACACGCAAGUUUUGGAGGAAAUUUCAAGAUCAUCAUUUAAAAGGCAAAGAUCGGAGAAGCGAACACUUAAUCUAGCUGGUUCUUCUUUAUUUGAGAUUGCUAUGAAUAGCAAAGCUGCAUGGAAGAAGAAAUAGAGAAAACUGUGAAGAUAGAUAAGAAGAAAGUAGAUGAAAACUUGAUAAAAGGAAGGCAGUCAGUUGGCAUUUGUUUUUUAUUUGAAAUUAUUUAUCAAAAUUCAGUGUUUUGAUGGUAUUGAUUACACUGUAUUAAAUUGGUAAAGAUUUAUUGAUUAAAAUCACUUUUGAAUUGUG